AUGGCAAUUCGCGUGCGCGCGCUGCUCGGGGCGGUGCUCCUGCUGGCUCCGGUGUCGUGGCGGGUGGAAGCGAUACAUACAGCCAACAGCGACUGGCCGGACCUGUUGCCGACGGACUGUGGCCGCCGCCAGGUGAAGCCGAGCGAAGCCACCCGUCCGUUCAUAGUCGGGCCGGGCAACACCACCGCCUACUACGGCCAGUACCCGUGGCAGGCACGGCUGGUCGUGUACGACUCCAAAGUGAGGGGCUACAAGCACCAGUGCGGCGGCAUCGUCAUCACGCAGACGCACGUGGUGACGGCCGCCCACUGUGUGAGUGAGGUCGCCCCCCGGCGGCUGCUGGUGCGCGUCGGGGACCUUCGAUUCGAUGGCCCCGACCCGUUCGAACAGGAGUUCGCUGUUGCCAACCUCCACAUACACAGCCAGUUCGGCACGGGGCCUGGCCUGCGCCACGAUAUGGCGCUGCUGCGGUUGCGGGGCCGCAUCGGGCCCGGCAUCGAGUUCAGCCGCUACGUACAGCCGGCCUGUCUGCCGACGGUCGACUCUAAAUACGAGACGUUCCUGCCGUGCGAGGUGUCCGGCUGGGGCCGCAUUGCGGAGCACGCAGAUAUCUCGGAGGUGUUGCGCGGUGUCUCGGUGCCGCUGGUGUCGGACAUUUUCUGCGGUGCGCCCGAGGUCUACCAGGACCGGUUCCUGCCCGGCGCCAUGUUCUGCUCGGGUCUGACGGGUGGCGGUGCCGACGCCUGCGAGGGCGACUCGGGUGGCCCGCUGGUCUGCAGCGACGAGGAUAGCGGCCGCUUCGUGGCAUACGGCGUCGUGUCGUCUGGCGACCCGCAGGGCUGUGGCCAACGACCCGGCCUCUACACGAAGCUGUCGGGCUACAUCGGCUGGGUGCUACGCCGGCUCCAGCUGGACCAAGAAGAUGAGGCGGUCCCGAACGCUGCCGCCGUAAACACCGUCAACCGGCCCCAGGGCGACCUGGGUCGGGCGUGCUUCACACCCCGCGGCGAGGCUGGCUUCUGCAUCCCGCUGCGAGACUGCCCCGACUUGCUGCCGGCAGGCGGCGGGUUGCGGUCGGGCCUGCAGGGGCGACCCGUCUGCGGGCUGGACGCGGCCGCUACGCCGCUGCUCUGCUGCCCCGGACAGGCCCCGCGGAACGUCGGCUGCGGACGGACCAGCUUCUCGCCGCCGGCUUAUCUGGGCGCAGCGCUCGCCAGGAACGCCGCCAACUUCCCCUGGAUGGUAGCCAUCAUCAGAACGAAAAAGGACGGAAGAAAGGCGGCGCUCUGCGGGGGCGUCGUGAUCUCCGAUCGUCCGUCACUGGGCAGUCCUGGCCUACUCCCGUGUUCGGCUCCCGACGUGUCCUGGGGCGAGGACUCGAGCAGCAUGUCACUCGCGGUGGUACAGGACCUCUUCCUGCCUCGCCUCGAGCGGGUCCUGGAGAUCCCCUCUCGCACAGUUCCCUGA